UCGCACAGUCUGGAAUUAAUUUUCUUUUUAUAGUUCUUGUGUCGUUUUCUCUUCUUUUGUUAAACAUUCGUUGCUGUGCAAUCUUUUAAUCCUCUCUGGGUUUGUAUUUUUUUUUUAAAUAGCUUAAAUUGUUUUCAUUGGCGACCUCCUUUCACGAGACGAAAUUAUUAACGACCCCCAAUUUGAGAAAAUCUAAUAUAGGUAGUAUGGAUUCAAUCGCAAUUUUAAGAACUAAGUGGUUCAAUUAACAUGGUAAUGAUAAAAAGGACGAGUACGUGUCGAAUAAACGUGUUAAUCAUUACAGAUAUCGUCGAUACUUGUGGUUAUUUAUGGUGUAAACUAAUAUGGAAAAUUGGAUAUAUUCCAUUCAUUAAUAUAGUAAUAUUAAUAUUUCAUUUGGCAUAGGUGCACAUGCCUUUUCGUUACGUUUAACGGUAUAUUUCGUUUGUCGUUUGUAGCAGAUUAAAAUUUAACGUUCCAUCAAGCUCUGCUUCUGCAACUCUGCAUAAAAUGUACUCGACUCGUGCCCAUGUUUCCAACCGAUGUGAAUGUUACCAACCGCUUGGUGGCGGAGUGGGAUGGUUGAAAAGGAAACGGCGGUACGAUAUCAUGGGUAAUCUUCGCGUGGAAUCCCUCGUGUGCAUGUCGAACUUUUCUUAUCGGUUACAUCGUGCCGCGGAUGAGCGCGUGGAUUCGUGUUAGCCGCGAGGUGGGCGCCCCGUGUAUAAACCCUGUUUGCGGGGUGGCAGAGGGGCGGUGGGUCGGUGGAAACGCGAGUUAGGGCAACAAGAAGGAACGCGUCUCUCGUGGAACAGUAGGUUUCCCCGAAGCGGAAAGGAAGGAAAGGGGUAGUUGGCGGUCCGCGAAUGUUGGUUGGAGCGGCAGGACACACGCCAGAGGUGGCGAGAGGUGGCGGCGGGGGCGGUAAAGUGACGAAGAGGAGAAAGCAGCGGGGGUGGGAUAGCUGGAAGAAAGGGGGAGGCGGCCGAGAGUCAAGAGAGAGGGAGGAAGGAUAGUUAGCGCGCGCGAGCGGUGUGCACGCGAUGGAAAAGAGACGACGUAGCACCCGGAGAGAGAGAGGGGGGGAGAGCAGAGGUUUAAGGAGCGGGAGGGGCGGGGAUCUUAGGAGGGGCGCCUAACGUCACGGCGCAUUCACUCACCGGCCGUCGCCGACGCCGCUGUGCCGCACACGCAAUCCACACGAUACGGUCAGUUUUCCCGAUUUCCAUUGGCGACGUACCGAUUUUUUUUUUUUCAUUUCGAUCGUUUCGUUUUGUUUUGAUUUGCUCGUUCUUUGUCGUAUAGUAAAAAGCGAAUAAAAAGUGCGACGAAAAAGGUAAUUAUCGCCGGGGUAACCCGAGACAGUGAUAAAGAAAGAGUGAUACACCGCGGGUGUCUAACGCGAGUCGGCGAUUCUUGUGACGCGCGUUUGUGCAUUUAUCGAGGAAACGGUGGGUGACAGUGAGGAAUCAGCUGAUCGUUUAGGGGCGCCACUCUUAUCCUCUCUCGCGCGCGCUUUCUCUGUGUCUCUCUCUGUCUCUUUCUCUCUUUCUCUCUCACACACACACACGCACUCUCUCUCUCUCUCUCCCUCUCUCUCUCUCUUUCUCUCUCUCUCUCUCUCUAUCUUUCCCUCUCUCCCCCUUAACAUACAUACACCAACCACGCGGUCCGCCGGCUGUGUUUAGCUUUCCCGCCAACGAAACGUUCGCACUCGUAAGACGCGAUUCCUUCGAAAUUAGUGUCUAUCAUCGUCACUUAUCAUCACCUUGGGUGUCAUCCCAGACAAUCUGGGAAGGAAACUCGCGAAACAGUGGAAAACUCGCCGGGAGUCGAGCAUGCACGCAACGCAAACUCACCGAACGAUCGUUCGACGAUCUAGUGCCAAUGUGUGUUCUUUCUGGUUCACGUCGUUGUUACUUGUGAAGAUGGACUGUGUUUACCCUCUGUGAUCCAUUGAAUCGGCGACGUUGUCGUUGGCAGGACGGCAUCGGUUCGACGAAACUUUUCGAGUGUCCUCGUACCACGAGAUCAACACGCGAGGUAACAAAUCGUGGAACGCAGGUGUUGUCGUCGCAAGGGUUGGAGGACAGCGCCGUUCAAGAUAGUGUCGACGGGGAGGCAUCGUUCGCGAUACGUGCGUGGCCACGUGGGUGCGUGCAUGGAAAAGAAACACGACAUCGGGAGUCCGAGGUACGAAGGAGAACGAGGCGGAGCAAGGUGGCUCCGCUAACGGCACGAACGGCGGUGAAAAAAUGUCGAGCGCCGCGGACAGUCCUGAUGGGAUGGCUUUGCAGUCGCACUACUCCCUACGAUGGAACAAUCACCAGACGCACAUACUCCAGGCCUUCGAGGCGCUGCUGCACGCCGAGAUACUCGUCGACGUGACCCUGGUCUGCUCCGAAACCAGCCUCAGGGCGCACAAGGUGGUCCUUAGUGCCUGCAGCCCAUUCUUCGAGAGGAUAUUCGCGGAGCACCCCUGCAAGCAUCCGGUGAUCGUGCUGAAAGAUUUCCCCGGUCACGAAGUUGCAGCGCUGAUCGACUUCAUGUAUCGUGGCGAGGUACGCGUCGGUCGCGAGGAACUUCCAGGACUGAUGAGAGCCGCGGAGAGUCUUCAAGUGCGCGGAUUGGCGUCGUCGGAGCCAAGGCCCGCGUCGCCGCCGGAAACGCCUACCGCCGAUCUACUUCUUGGCGAGCCGUCGACGCCCGAGGGCGCGAGACACGGGACCCCCGAGGAGGACGACAACGCGUCGGAGAGCACCGCGCCGCCGUCCACGCGGGAACCAGCGGCUGUAACGACGCCCACGAUUUACCAUCGUGCGAGGGACCAUCGCGACAGGUUACCACACAUGGGUCACUUGAAUUUCGGUAUAAGGGAGUUACGCGAGAGCUGUGGAUCGCCUCUAUUACCGCGAAGAAAGCAAGCACGGCCGCGAAGAAGAUCAGGGGAGUUGGUACCGCAAGAUCUCAGUCGGCCCCAUCCGCCGUCGAGUCUCAGCCCACCUGUCAGUGGAUUGAACUUGAGCGGUAGCCAACAACAAUCCCAACAGCAGCAGCAGCAGCAGCAGCAGCAGCAGCAACAGCAGCAACAACAGCAUCAUCAGCAGUCGAUGAGCUCGCAGAAUCAGCAACAACAGGAGGACAUGGCGGAGAAUCUCUCGAUGAAGAGAUCCCUGUCGCCCACCGGAACCGAGCAGCACCACGUGAAAGCGGAGAGCAGCGAAGCGGCGAGCAGUCCAAGAGGAUCGCCGUUGACGGGUACGAGUCUGCUGCACCCGGACGGUUCCCUCCAAGACAUUCCGUCUGCGGCAGCGGCAGCGGCGGCGGCGGCGGCUGCGGCAGGCCUACCAGCAAUGUCAGCCUUGUCGUUGACGCCGCCGCAUCACCACAGCGAGUACCUGACGAGUCUGGGUCAGCUGGCGGCCCAAUGGCUGCCGAAUCAUCCGCAGAGCCAACUGCCGCCACCACCUCAGGGCCACCAUCCGCGGGAGGGCAGUCCGCACGGUCCCAAUCGAGCGCAUCCUUACCAGCAGCAACAGCAGCAGCAACAAGACUCGCCAUUAACACCUCGACGCAGCUCUGUCACGGCGAUGUUCCCAUUGGACGGCGUGGCGUCGUUGGGCGGAGGAUUGUUUCCUCAUGCGGGCGCUCUCGACAGGGGAUCCCUUCUAGCGGAUCUGCACGAUAGCUUUAAACCAGAAACGUUGCACGGUCUUUUCGGCGCGGCUGGUCUCGGGGGUCAUCACCCAGGGAAAAAACCCAAAAAGCACAGAGGCGACAGUGACGCACCCCGCAGAUGGGGCGAUCACGGUAGCAGGGGGUUGCCCGUUGGAAGACCUAAAGGUCAGCACAGCGCCCCCAGAGGCGGACCACCGCGAUCCUGGACGAACGCAGAGCUCACCGAGGCGCUCCAGCACGUUUGGAAUAAGAAAAUGACCACGUCCCAGGCGAGCAGAAUCUUCGGUAUACCGUACAACAGUCUUCUGAUGUACGUCAGAGGGAAGUACGGAAAGAGCCUGAAGCUCGAGCAGCUCAGGAGGGACUGCACGGGUGCGACGACUGGCGAAGUAGUGAUGAACUCGUUGAACAACAACGUCAAGACCGUUCAGCCGCCGACGCAAAUGACUCACCCUCUCGCUGGGUUACCUCCGCAUCCAGGCGACGACGGUGGAUUUCCUCAUCAUUCGUUGCUCGGUGGCAACCUACCGCAGGGCUUCUUUCCCGAUUUCGCCGCCGCGGCUUUCCCGGUGCCUGUCAGCAUGGUGCAUCUACUUCCGCCUAGCGAGCAGAAGGCCUUCGAACCGACUGGGAAUCCAGGUAGCGGCGGUGGCGGCGGCAGCGGCGGUGACCUUUCGACUACGCGGAGUAGUCGAACACCGUCACCCGUCGACCAUCAUCAUCACCAUCAUCACGAGUCACUGCAACCGCAACCGCCUCAAUCGGCGCCCGCGCUACUCCAGCAAAAUGGUUCGGAUUAGAAAAAAAUGGUUUUACUCGUGGUCAUAUAGGUACGCGCGGUGACGCUUAUUAUCCUUUCGUCAACGGACUACGGACGCCGUAGAUGUCCGAUCGACCAUCCCGUUUGACGAAUCCUCGACACUCGCACACGAGACACGCGUUAACGCGCGCUCAGACAUUUCACGUACACGCACACAGACGUACACACGCCCCCGAUUCUUUCCGCGAGAUUGUUCUCUUUUUCACAAGACUGACUAUCACCAAUUACAGCUCCCGGGGUAAGUUCGACGGACGUUCCGCCCUGCUCAAUCCACGCUUUAAGCCACACUGUCGCCACGUUUCGCUUACUGUGUUUUCCUACGUUUCUCUCGGCAUUCUUUGCCCGUCUUUCUCCGUCGGCAAAAAUAUCGACGUCGCCCCCUUUGUCCGUCGAUCACGAAACGCCAGACUCGGUCGAGCGCGUCGGUGAAAUUCUCUCUCGAGGAGUGAUCGUCUCGUGUUCUUUGUUUUUUCUCUCUCCUUAGACUCGCGUCCGGUUUCGCCGAAAUCGGUGGUGUAAGCCUGGUGACUUCUCCGCGUGAAAAAGAGGAGUCGUCGUCGACGGCUCUUCUGGUGCUCGUUUCCCCUUGAUACGUGUCGAUAGUCGAAUCAGGCUCAGCCAGGACGCGAUGAGACGCCUCGAGGAGGAGAUUUUUGCUGUCGGGCGAGACCACCUCGUAUCAUCACUAUAAAUAGUUCCUGCUACAAGAGCGAUUAUACCAAAUAGUACUGUAAACGGCUGAGUAAAUACGAUGGCUGCUGUAUGGAAUAGCAAUUGUUGGAAACGCUCACACUCGGUUGCUUGGAUCGCAGACUCCUCGGCGAGAAAGUGACGUAGACAAUAGGGAGACGCGCUUUCCACUUUGAACAUCCUCGUCGCCUGUGACGCGCGUGAGGUGAGAUUGCAAGACUUGAAACAAUAGUUUGAUAUACGCGGAUUGUUACGAUAUACCUGUUCCAACACGCGCUGGGAGGCAGCAAGGUAGGCGGCUCGUCGAAUGAUUCGUUACUCGUUUUGACAAUCGCAAGCAAUUAUUUCUUAUUCGUUACCAAACGAUCCUUUUACUCGCGACGUCUCUGUCCGUUGGUUACGAUACCAGCCAAUCGUUGUUCCGAUCGUUUCCGUUUUUCGGAAGAACGAUGGAACAUCAGCACCUCGAGCACCCCCGAUAUCCCUGCUGCCUCCGUACGCACGUCGACAACGAGCUUCCAGUUGAAUAUUAUUUGACACACUCAUGUAUACACACACACACAUAUACAUUCGCCGUGUUUUUCGAUGGUUAAAUCGGGUUCGACCAAUGCGAUACGUCACUUUCGCGCGAGCCGUUUGCGUUGUUCCCUGAUUGGAUUCCGGAUAGCGAUACAAAAAUGAUAAAACGAUACUCUCUGAACUUGAUCACGCCGAUUCGUAGAAUGACGUCACGAUCGGGGGUUGCAUAAUAAUCACACGCAGGGAUGUCGCGAGCUUGCCAAGAUUUCUUUUCCCACGAUUCGUCUAGCCACCGCUGGUAUCCGUCGGGCGCAAGUUGGAUCCGGUUUGCGCGCUCGUUUACUUCCGUCGAUCGGUGCAAUAUCCUAACGCCGGAUACUUUGAUCUGUAAAUAAUGUUUUUUCAAUCGUUAAACGCUUCGUCCUGUUCGCUGACACUUGCUCCGUUUGUUCUUCUUUUGUAUACGAUAUUUUUCUAAAGCGACUCGACAGCUCGAGCAGAACGGCGUCGUUGUUACGCGGAGGGAUCGACCCCUGGUCGAAUCGAACCCCGAUGCCCGCGAAUUAACCGAAAAGGGUGGAAAGGGGACCGUAAGCGUGUCUCCUGAACGCGAUAUCCGUUCGAUCGUAAAUCUUGGCGAGCUACGGGACGCUAGGAACCUUGGCAACGGCGACACGAAACGGAAAUGUCGUUGAGAAUGUGACAAAGAUAAAAAAAAAAAAGAAAACAAGAAAACAACAACAAAUUCGUAACGAUACGGAACAAAUGAUGAAAUUUUUAUCGUAGACCACAAUUUCGCAAACAAUAUUUCGACAACCAGACGGAAGCGCAGGGUAACUAACACAUCAGGGAUAGCCACAGACAAAUCUACGAUAGAUAAAGAGAAAAAAAGGUACAUAUUAAACUGUAAAAGUAAUGGUAAUGAAUUAAAAAAAAAAAAAGAAAGAAGUAAACGUAAAGCUAUAAGACAUUUACGAUGAUUAUUUCGUUAAAGAACUUAAGAAAAUGAUAAAAAAAAUGACAAAAGCAAAAAAAAUGACAAGAUUUUGUGUGUGUGUGUGUGUGUGUGUGUGUGUGUGUGUGUGUGUGUGUGUGUGUGUGUGUGUGUGUGUGUGUGUGUGUGUGUGUGUGUGAGUGAGAGAGAGAGAGAGAGAGAGAGAGAGAGAGAGAGAGAGAGAGAGAGAGAGAGAGAG